AUAAAAGUCAUGCCCGUCAGCAUGUGCCCCCGUCAUAAUGCCAUAGUCAAUGUUUAUUAUCAAAAUGAUAAUUAUGUGUAAUGUUUUCUGAAAGCACUGAUCGUAAAAAUAUCACUGGAAUGAUAAAAGAAGAUGAUGAGGACUUUGAGGAAGAAGAUGAGGAAGAUGACAGAGCUGCAAACAGAGGGAACAUUUCAGACGUCCUUUCUGUCAUAUCUAGUGUUGUGUCUGGUUUUCUCAGGAGCUGGAUUUGUUUGAAAGCAUCAGAGAUGUUAAAUGUACCAUCUCAGUCUUUUCCGGCAGCUGGGUCCCAGCAGAGAGUCGCACCAGCCGGACAGUCCAGAAACAAGGUGGCGCUGAAGCCAGGUCACAGUCUCCUGGACUGGAUCAGACUGACCAAGAGCGGACGUGAUCUGACCGGACUGAGAGGACGACUGAUUGAGGUCACAGAAGAGGAGCUGAAGAAACACAACACCAGAAACGACUGCUGGACCUGCAUUAGAGGUAUGGUCUAUAACGUGAGUGCCUACAUGGAUUUCCACCCUGGUGGGGAGGAGGAGCUGAUGAGGGCUGCUGGGAUUGAUAGCACUGACCUGUUUGACCAGGUCCACCGGUGGGUGAAUUAUGAGUCCAUGCUGAAGGAGUGUCUGGUGGGGAGGAUGGCAGUGAAGCCCAGUCCUGCUCUUCAAGCUCAGACAGAGAAGAUGGAAAGCACUCACUUGAACGGUUUGUCUCUUCCUCCACCUUUAAGACAGGAGCCUGUACCUACUCCUCUCCCUGCCAAAGAUCAUCGCCCUCGGUAUGAAUGGUUCCAGACAGAUGGAACUGUCAGUAUUGUUGUUUACACAAAGCGAAAGAUUCCCAGCGCUGGCUGUGCAGUGGUGGAUCUGCAAGAUGAUACUCUUCGUGUGGAGAUGCUCUUAGGGAAGAUGUCGUAUCUUCUCUACUGGCGCCUGUCCAGUGAAGUUCAAGGAUGUGUAGAUGUUCAGACAGCCCACUCCGUAGGAAAAGUUCAGGUGUGUUUCCACAAAUCUGUCAAAGAUAAGUGGACGAAAGUGGGGCAACCACUAGAACACCAUGACACAUUUAUUCAGUGUAAAGAUCGUGAGCUGUUCUACAGGGAAUGUGUGUUGGUUUCGAAAACGGAUGUCACACAUGACACGCAGGUCUUGCGUUUACAACUUCCACCAGGGUCACAUAUGCAAGUUCCUGUGGGAAGACACGUCUACCUCAAAACCUCUCUCCAGGGUACAGAUGUUGUAAAACCUUACACACCAGUGGAUCAGACGCUAAUACCUCCCUCACAAUCCAGUGCUGAAAUGGGCUCAGACUUACAGCUCAUGAUAAAGAUCUAUCCUGAUGGAUUGUUGACCUCACAUCUCGCCAACCUCCCUGUUGGAUCCUCUCUGUCAGUAGGCGGUCCGGAGGGAUCCUUCUCUAUGCGUAUCUUGCGUGACGUCACUCAUCUCUACAUGCUAGCGGCCGGCACGGGUUUCACACCCAUGGCUCGUCUCAUACGGCUGGCUCUUCAGGAUCUCACAUCAGUCAGAAAAUCCAAGCUGAUGUUCUUUAACCGUCAAGAGAGGGACAUACUUUGGUGCUCUCAGCUGGAUGAACUUUGUUCAAAAGAGGAAAGGUUUGAGGUGGAGCACGUUCUGUCGGAGCCUACAGAUUCUUGGAGAGGCAGAAGAGGGCGGAUAGAUGCUUGUAUGCUGCAGAACUUCCUGGAGAGACCAGAAGACUCCAAAUGUCUAGUGUGUGUGUGCGGCCCAACUGGAUUCACAGAGUUAGCAGUGCAGUUGGUCAGAAAGCUGGACUUCAGUGAAGAGGAAAUUCACAUUUUUCAGGGCUGAUUGGGACUUUAAAGUGAAAGAUGGAUUUCACAUACUUGCAGACUAUCUCUAUGCAUAUAAAAUGCACUUUCCAUUCAUAUAGCUGUAAUACUGUUCUACUAUAUCGUCUUAUAACUUGUAGAGAUCUGAUGCCACAAUCAGAUGCCCUGCACUCUGAGAAACAUCAGAAGUUGGUUUCUUAACAUUUUAUUUUAUUUAGUUUCCCAUUUGAAGUUUGCAGAUUUGAACAAUGCAGAAUAAUUCUGCUAGGUUUGUUUAUGCAACGAAGAAGAUAUUUGAUUGUUUUCUGCAUUUCAUAUUUAUUAAUGACUUGGAAGAUUUCGAGCACUUUGUGUAAUGCAGCUACAACAUAAUUGAGAAAGCAAUCCAUGCAACAGAUUUUGUUGUUGUGUCUCUAUUAAGCAAAUUAAAAAUGAUCAGUUAGUCAGGAUGCAUGAGAUGGGUUACUUUACAAGUAUAGCUAUUGCUGUUUGGAAAUGCUAAUCUGAUUGCAGAAUUAAUAAUGUUUCUCAGUGUGUGUACCGACUAUUCUAAUGGUAAAUUAUUAUUUAUGGUAAAUGAUCGACCUGGAACGCAAUUCCCAACAGAAAUGUAUAUUUUGUGCCUCUCGUGCUGUUGUGUUUCAACUGAAAUCUGUAAACUUGUAUGACAGGCCUGAUGUCAGUUUAGAGGAGGCUGAAAACUAUUAUAGCAAAACACUUUCUGUUAUACCAGCAAACCAGGUUGCUCUGAAAAUGUAUCUUCAUGCAUUGUUUAUUGCAUGAUACUUGAUAUAAUGUGUUUGAUACAUUGCAGUCAAAAUAUUUAUAUAUUGAAGAAAGCUCUGAAAUAUGAUUGAUUUGUAAAAACUGAUAAUUAUUUGACUAGUCAACCACUGAUGGCUUCCAACAGAAAACUUUAACCGGAUUGUUCUAUCAGUGCUCACAUUCAAGGGUAGGAUGAGAUGUGGCUUAAGCUGUAAGCAGCAAGAAAUUGAAUUAAAUGGUUAAAAAUA